AUGAUCCUAAAGGUGUUGUUCGAUGAAGCCAAAGAUUUUAAGGUUGAGUUUGGGGAGUUGGAGAUCUCUAGAUCUGGCUCCGAUGGUCCGUUUCACGGCGGAUCUGGUGUCUACAGAGACAAUGAGCGGACUGGUGGUCUGGUGAACCGCGAAUCUGGUGCCGAGGUUGUGGGUGCGGUGAUGGAUGGAUAUCGUGUUUGGCUGUAG